AUUUUACAAGGCGCGUCUUUGCAUUGUUGAGAGAGGCUGUCCCUAUUGCUCGAGAAGACCGGGUUCGAUGUUAUAAAGCUACCCUUGAGCGAGCUCGGCAUCUACGAGUGUUGAGAGCGUGGUAUGAAGUGGUGACUGCCUCCUACGCGGCCAAGUGCAGCAUGGCCGACGCCGAAGCCAAUGGUCGCACUAAAAUGAGA